CACGACCCAGCAUGCCAAAUCCCCUCACGUUGACUGAAAUUGACCAACUCGAGAUCCAUGUCAUCGUCAAUGACGAGCUGGACCCAAUUUCUCCAAGCCCGAAUUCAGCUGUGCAAGUUGCUAGCCGGUUUAUGGGCAUCCGGCUCCCUCCACUGCCGCCCGGCACUAAGCGGGGUGGCGCGCAGUUGGAAAUGCGCAUGGACAACAUCUGUUGUGCGGCACAUGGGAUCUCUUUGCUCUUGGCGGACCCUUCUUUCGAGCAGCUGGAAGCUGCCGGAGCGACUUUGCUCAAAAGCGACCGACCGCACACCGCACUGGACGAUUUCUUCCUGGUAUCCGGGGAGAUCCCGCGCGAGACCAGCUACGAAGAUGGAAUCUACGGCGGUCUGCGAUUCAAUGAAGCGACCAUGAAGUGGAAGGAGGAUACGCUGAUCAUGGAAGAGCGCUAUGUUAUGUGCAAUCUCAAAGGCAAGGAGCUCGUGGUCUUCACCUGUUGCGGGCACGCUGGAAUCGUGAAUAGCUGCCGCGACGCAGUCAACCUCAAGUUGCAGCCAAAGGUACUGCUGGCGGGUCAUUGCACGGGCUGGCGGUUCAAGUGUCUCAUUGCGCGUGAUCUUCCCAAUUGUUUGGUCCCAUGUUUUUCGGGCCGUAAGUAUACUUUGUAG